AAGCACCUUUUCGGGGCUGCCAAUCUUUCUUCAAAAAAGAACGCCGGCGGACGACUCGUUUAAAGUAAAAUCUAAAGAAUGUCUACGGAAAUCCUCAAACAAGGCGCCGAGGGGCGCCUAUAUCUGGGUGAUUUUAAGGGCGAGUCAUGCCUGAUCAAGGAGCGGUUUGUAAAGAAGUAUCGUCAUCCCGAACUGGACACGCAGAUCACGCGGCAGCGAAUGAAGGCCGAAGCCAAGGCGGCCAGCCGUUGUUUGGCUGCCGGCAUCCUGGCCCCAAAGAUCCUUCACUCUGACCUCAACACCCACAAGCUAUACAUGGAAUACUUCGACAAGGCGACAACAGCAAAGCUAUUUAUACAACGGACAGUGGGGGCUAACUCGGAGGAGGAAGCGAAACUGGCGCUGCUGGAGCUUUGCUCGCGAAUUGGUUCUAUCGUCGGCAAGAUGCACUCAAAUCACAUCAUACACGGCGACUUGACCACCUCGAACCUGCUCAUCAACCCGAAGGCCUGCGACUACGACGUUAUCCUUAUUGAUUUCGGACUGAGCCACUACAACCAGGCCACUGAGGACAAGGGCGUCGAUCUGUACGUUCUGGAGCGCGCGCUGCUUAGCACCCACAGCGAGCAGCCCUAUCUAUUUGAACACAUCUUGGCCGCGUAUCGCAAGGAGUGCGGCAAAGACGAGGAGGCAGUGCUGUCCAAAUUCGAGGAGGUAAGAGCCCGGGGACGCAAGCGCACAAUGAUUGGCUAACAAAUAAUAAACUUUAAUGGGCGUGUUAAACUGUUAAACCUA